AAGGUCGCAUAUCAGAUUGGCCACGAAUUUAGAGCUCCUACCUUGAUCCCGUGGCCAAACUUAUUCGCUGUGACGUACCGUCAGAGCUGUUUUCUUCCUUAAACACUCUCAACAGAACGCAGUAUCGGCGACAUGAUGCUGUCCCUACUGCUCCUAGUUUUCCUCGUCGAGCUCGGCGCUCACCUUGUAAACACUGUCGGCGCCGCGACAAUAAAUAACAUACUCUGGAACCUGUACCUAGCCAUUCCGACACAGACCUCGAAGCAAGUAGCAGAACAAAAAAAGCUACAGAAAGAAUACCUCACUAUCCGCCGUGACCUGAAUGCUACUAGCAGCCAGGACCAGUUUGCGAAGUGGGCCAAGCUCCGACGACAACAUGACAAGUUGCAAGAUCAGCUAGAGAAGAAUAAAUCUUCCUACGAAGCCUCGAAAUCGAAAUUCGAUAGCACCGUCAAUAUUCUACGCUGGUUGACCACGACAGGAUUGAAGUUUCUUCUGCCUUUCUGGUAUGCGAAGCAGCCUAUGUUCUGGCUACCACAAGGAUGGUUCCCGUACUACGCCGAAUGGAUUCUAUCCUUCCCACGAGCUCCCAUCGGUAGUGUUAGCAUCGCAUCAUGGCAAACGGCCUGUACCGGUGUAGUUAUGUUGAUGAGCGAUAUGAUCACGGCGAUUCUAGGGUUAUUAUUGGGCGCAAAGAUCGCACAAAAACAACCGGCUGGGGCUGCUGCUACUGGGGAGAAAAGAAAGGAAACACCAAAUUCGCAACAACUCAGGAACAAGAAAGAUUCAUGAUUAAUCAUAAUGAGAUAUAGAGGAUACGUAUGGAUUAUCGGGUUGUCAACUGACAAUAAGGUAUGAAGUAUGUCUCUCAUCUAAUUUGACGCAGAGUUUUUCAUCGCGAAAUGCUAGGAACUCUGUAACACGAUUGAGAUGACUCUUGGCAGAGUACUUGGGCUCGCUCUAGGCAACAUAUU